AUGCUUAGACUGAAUUUGCAGAGAAAUAUUUCCAAGAGAGCUUUUAGCCAGGCUAGCACCUUGUUGGCUGCUAAAAAACAGCACGAUGUGGUAAUCAUUGGUGGUGGCCCUGGUGGCUACGUAGCUGCCAUCAAAGCUGCCCAGCUAGGAUUUGACACUGCGUGUGUUGAAAAACGGGGUAGACUUGGUGGUACCUGCUUGAAUGUCGGCUGUAUUCCUUCAAAGGCUCUUCUGAACAACUCGCAUUUGUACCAUCAAAUGAAGCAUGAUGCGAAACAGAGAGGUAUUGACAUUCAGGGCGAAGUGUCCGUGAACGUGGCCCAAUUUCAGAAGGCUAAGGACACCGCGGUGAAGCAGCUCACCGGUGGUAUUGAGAUGCUUUUCAAGAAGAACAAAGUCACGUACUACAAAGGUUUAGGGUCUUUCGAAGACGAAAACAGCGUUAAAGUCUCACCAAUCGAGGGUCUUGAGGAUGGAAUUGCCGAGGAAACGAUCUUAGAGGCCAAGAACAUCGUCGUUGCGACCGGAUCUGAAGUCACCCCGUUUCCCGGCAUCCAGAUCGAUGAGGAAAGAAUCGUUUCUUCUACUGGUGCUCUAAGCUUAAAGGAGGUGCCUAAAAGGCUAGCCAUUAUUGGUGGUGGUAUUAUCGGCCUUGAAAUGGGAUCCGUAUACUCCAGACUAGGAUCAAAAGUCACUGUGGUUGAAUUUUUGCCUAAGAUCGGUGCCAGUAUGGACGACGAGGUCGCUGCCUCAACUCAGAAAUUUUUGAAGAAGCAAGGAUUUGACUUUAAGCUAGGUACCAAAGUGCUCUCCGGUGAAAGGAACGGCGACGUGGUUAAAAUCGAAGUUGAAAAUGUUAAGAGCGGCAAGAAAGAGACUCUCGAAGCCGAUGUAUUGCUAGUAGCCAUAGGAAGAAGGCCUUAUAUUGAGGGCCUCGGUGCCGAGAAAUUAGGUCUCGAGGUUGACAAAAGGGGUCGGCUGGUUAUCGAUGACCAAUUCAACACCAAGUUCCCUCACAUCAAAGUAAUUGGUGAUGUUACGUUUGGUCCUAUGCUUGCUCACAAGGCUGAAGAGGAAGGCAUUGCUGCUGUCGAGUAUUUGAAGACAGGACAUGGUCACGUUAAUUACGGAAAUAUUCCAUCUGUGAUGUACUCCCACCCCGAGGUUGCGUGGGUUGGUAAGACUGAAGAACAACUAAAAGAGGCUAAAAUUUCCUACAAAGUGGGGAAGUUCCCUUUUAUUGCUAACUCACGAGCCAAGACCAAUAUGGACAGCGAAGGUUUCGUGAAAAUCCUGAUCGAUGCCGACACUGAGAGAUUGCUCGGUGCGCACAUUAUUGGGCCUAAUGCUGGUGAAAUGAUCGCCGAGGCUGGUCUUGCUCUGGAAUACGGGGCUUCUGCAGAGGACAUUGCUCGCGUCUGCCAUGCCCACCCUACUCUAUCGGAAGCUUUCAAGGAGGCUAACCUAGCGGCAUACUCUAAACCCAUCAAUUUUUGA